UCCUAUUUUCGUAACGUAAAAACGUGAAAUACUGUUCCAACAUAAAUGACACAAUUAACAGAAUUUUUGAUCAGAAUACGUGUUAAGCAUGCAAAAUCUGAUUAAUAAAAUCAUUAUUUAGAACGUAAAAUAUCACUAUGGAGUGCUUAACGCCUUUUUUAAAAAAAAUGAGCAUCGGUAUUUUUCGAAGGUGUCAGUACCGCGGUACAGAUUCUUAGAUGCAUUCCAUUUAUUAUGAGCCUAGCAAUCUAUGAAACAGUACGUCAGCCUCCCUAAUAAUGGGGCCAAAGUUGGCUCAUUAUCCCCAUCGACGAACUCGUACAAACACAAAAGAAUUCAAAUUUCAAAAUAUUGUUAAAAGACCAUUGAGAUGAAUUUUUAUUCAUAUUUCCAAAACGAUCAUCAAACUUUCCAAAAAAAACAAAUGUAAUUAUUUUUUUCAACAUGAACGUUCAAAUAUUCUUUAUAAACCAAGAUAAGUUUUUGUGUUUAGAUUAUGCCAUAUGGCCAGGGUAUCGAGUUUUCGCAAGGAUCAAGUGUCCUCACUCUCCGUAUCGACAUUCGAUAGCGCUAAUAUUUAAAUAUCAAGUAAACAAGAGGUGUACGAAUACACAGUUAAGUCACUGUAUUUGAUUAUAAACACUACAUCUCAAAUACGCGAGUAAAUGACUAAACUGUAGCUAUGACUUUCUCGGUUCUGCGGCUAGCAGAAUCAAAACAGUUUAAAGAUGAGGACCAAAUCCCACUACAUGCUACGGUGAAUGUAACAAUACUGCUAUUGAUAUUGCGCUAUUUCCAAUCACGCAGGUUUUCUAUCCGUUACGCUCGGUGACCCAAUUGAAAUUUGUUCGUAUAUGAUGAUAUCGGCCCCCUAUAAAGAUGAACAUUUAUUACAUACGUUUCAUGGUGUGUUCUAAUCUACGCUCGAAUGACUCAAAUCGAUUCUACGCUAGUGAGGUGUUUCAGUACACCAAAGUAAUUCUUUGAAACCACAACAGAAAACCCUUCGGCAGUCCAAAGAUUACGGAUUAAAUUGAUAACGCUUCAAUAGAAAUGCUCUGCCAUGGCCUUGCGAGGUUGGCGACUCUUCGGGUUGGCCGGUACCAUAGUGGUAUACAUCGGCGGUAUUCUGUUCCUUUCGUUCGUCAGUCUGCAGAACCCGCAACAGAAGCGUAACCAUGGCCGAGGGUAUGGUGAGUUCGAGACGCUACGCAACCGGGACCUCGGGCUGCUGGGCAAAAAACCGCCGCUGCAGUGGUGCAGUGAGCUACGCUACAUGGACAGCCCUCCGCCGGUGCCGAAGGUUUACAAAUUGCUCGAAACCUUCCCGGGACAUUUCGUGAAAAAAUUUCAACCGUACGGUUCGAACAGCAUACCGGAUUCUACGGGGGACAUCCAUGACCAGAAACGGCACAACGAUGUCAGUCGCGACAAGCACAAACGAUCCGCGUCGUCGUCGUCGGCGGCGGCGGCCGAAUUUUAUGCUGCCUCCUCCUCGUCGCAAUGGCCUAAUAGUAAUAACAACAAAUUUAGCAAUAAGCUAGCAGAUAGUGAUAGGAUAGCAAACGACAGGCAACUGCCGGCACAGAAGUCUUCCAGCCGGAAGCUAACGGCACUGGUGUCCUUCCCCGGAAGCGGAAACACGUGGCUGCGAUAUUUGCUACAGCAGGCUACAGGUAUCCUAACCGGAAGUGUGUACAAAGACUACGGCCUACUCAAAAGUGGCUUCCCAGCGGAAAAUGUUGCCAACUCGUCGGUCCUCGUAAUCAAAACGCACGAAUGGGGCCCCAACGCCUGGGCACCAUACGGCAAGGCCAUUCUUCUUGUACGAGAUCCAAAGAAAGCCAUCCUAGCGGAAUUUAACCGCCAGAGCGGUGGUCAUGUAGGCUUUGCUUCGCCCGAUCGCUAUCGGAGGACAAAGGGGCGUUAUUGGACUCAAUUCGUAAAAAACAAGCUGUGGGCCUGGGAACAGACGAAUCUGUCCUGGGCCAAAAACUUUACCGGCGAGGUUAAACUAGUAUUCUACGACGAGCUUGUGGAAAAUGUCGAAGAGACGCUUCGUAGUGUUCUCCACUUUCUAAAAUUUCCGGUCAACGAGGAGCUGCUGGCUUGUGCGUUGAUGCGUAAGGAGGGAAUCUACCGACGAAAAAAGCGUAUCUUGCAGUUCGAUCCGUAUAGUCCAGCGAUGCACGUGACGAUAGACGAGAAACGUGCCGAGGUCUAUGCGGCACUGGGACGUCCCGAACCGCACUGAAUCCAAUCUAGUCGCACAGCAUAGUGUUAGAAAAUACAGGCAACCGAUCUAGUCAAUGAUUUCGGACAUAGCUUAAACAACAAACCGUCUACCAUGAAAAAUUCUUGUUCAGCUCUCCGUCGAAAUGUUUUCUCUUUUAUUUAUUAAAUAUUGUUCGUAGUGUACUUUUAGACCAAAUGUUAGAUUUAAGUUAAUUGUAAACAUAAAUUGAACACUUCUCAAACACGACUCUGGCAGACAUCCAACUGAAGUACUCGCGUAGAAACGAUAACUAUAAUUGAACUACAGUCAUGUUUAUGUGGUUUCCACGUAAUAGAUAUUGCGCAAACAAACUCACAAAAUUCAAAGUCUGUGCAAACCAGAGAGGAACGAAUCUAGUCAACAGCAGAGAAAAACCAAUGGAAAACAUCAUUCUAGCUGCAACAACAAAACAAUAUCGUAGUACAUAGGCACACAGUUUGUGAAACUUGUAAGACUUUUAGAGAAUAUGUGAAAAGUUACUCAACCCAUUUAGGAGUGUAGGUUUUUUGCGACAAAUACUGUACACGAGCAGACAUGAGAUAGCUACAUUGUUUAUAAAAUGUUUACAUAACCGUCAAGCAGAUGUUUGCGAGAGGAAACAAACACAAUUACAGUGACAAUUUAAAAUUUA